GAGGUGGUACGGAAGUCUUGUCGUUGCUGCCGCUGGUUGAGCACAGGCGAGCCAAAAUGGCGGAAUACCUGGCGUCCAUUUUUGGGACAGAGAAAGAUAAGGUCAACUGCUCUUUUUAUUUUAAAAUUGGUGCAUGCCGACAUGGCGACCGCUGCUCCAGAUUACACAAUAAACCGACAUUCAGCCAGACAAUUGCCCUCCUGAAUAUUUACCGGAACCCUCAGAACAGUGCCCAGUCUGCUGAUGGGCUCACCUGUGCCAUCAGUGACAUGGAGAUGCAGGAGCACUAUGACGAGUUUUUUGAGGAGGUCUUCACAGAGAUGGAAGAAAAGUACGGAGAGGUGGAAGAGAUGAACGUGUGUGACAACCUCGGGGACCACCUAGUAGGAAAUGUGUAUGUGAAGUUCCGUUAUGAAGAGGAUGCUGAGAAGGCCGUGAUAGACCUGAAUAAUCGGUGGUUUAAUGGACAGCCCAUCCAUGCCGAGCUCUCUCCUGUCACAGACUUCAGAGAAGCCUGCUGUCGCCAAUACGAAAUGGGGGAAUGCACUCGUGGUGGCUUCUGUAACUUCAUGCAUCUGAAGCCCAUCUCACGUGAACUGAGGAGAGAGCUCUAUGGUCGUCGGAGGAAGGGCCGCCAUAGGUCCCGGUCUCGAUCGAGAGAGAGACGAUCUCGCUCGAGGGACAGAGGUCGAGGAGGUGGUGGUGGUGGUGGAGGCGGCGGAGGAGGUGGAGGAGGAGGAGGAGGCGGCGGCGGCGGAGGUGGCCGUGACCACGAGAGACGUCGCUCCAGAGACAGAGAGCGCUCAGGAAGAUUCUGAAGCACGAGCCUUGACUACUUGUCCUUCCCUCCCCGUAUCCAUCCCCAGUCUUUUUUUAAGUUUGUACCCUUCCAGAAUUAUUCUAGGACUUAUUAAAAGGUACCUAAUUUUGAAGCUGUGACAGCAUUGAUGAACAUGUUUUUUCUUGAUUUCUGAAAAUGACUUUCGCCUCCAUUAAAUUUAACAUUUUUACUUAAUAUGACUGAUUCAUGAAUCGUGCUUAUUACAUAGCAUAAAUCAUUUUCUUAUACGCUGGCUACUUUAUCGGACAAAGUUAACAGUCACUUAAAAAAACAGAAGACGGCCAAAGAUUAAUUUCUGUGGGUCUUGGCACUUUUGAAAAACACCAGAUAUUUUUGUGAACACGUCAUCAGAGUAGGUUUAAACUUUAAAUCAGAAUAAAUACACAACUGCUUUAGUUUCUUGUCCACUUGCACUGAACAAGCACGAAUCAUCUCUGCAGCCACAGUUUUUACUUUACAUAUUUGCUAAAGGUGCUGUGUUUGUUUUACAUUUACACUCAGGUUUUAUACUGUCUCAGAUGUAUGACUGAAAUAAAAUGAUUUUCAUGGCUA